CAAUCUCUCUCUACCAGAGUUCCAAAACAAAAACUUUCUCUUUAACUACAGCUUGAAACUUUUGAAUAUACUCACGGAAAGUUGUCUUUAUUAUUCCACUCUGUUUUUCUUGUUGUUGGAGUUUUGAUAAAAUGUCGUCACAGAGACACUUAAAAGAUCUUCUUGAAGAAGAUCAAGAACCGUUUCAACUUCAGAGUUACAUUUCCGACCAACGUCGCCAGAUAACGCAUUUACAGGUCAAGAAACGCAGACCAGUCUCUCAAAACGCUGGACUUCCUUCACGUUUCUGCCGCAACGCUUGUUUCUUCUCCCUACGUGAAUCGCCUGACCCGAAGAAGUCUCCACUCUUCGAACUCAAGUCGCCUAACAGGAGCCAGAACGCUAUUUUCGUCAACAUACCGGCGAGAACUGCUUCUAUACUGCUAGAAGCUGCGGUUAGGAUACAGAAACAAUCGUCUGAGGGUUCAAAAACCAAAACGCGGAACGUAGGAAACGCGUUUGGGAUGUUUGGGUCAGUGUUGAAGAAGCUAACGCAAAGAAAGAAACGCGAAAUCAGCGGCGGUAAAGUCGGUGGUGGAGUUUCUUCUGUGAAGGAUAUGUUGGGAUGGGAAUCUCCUGUUGUUCGUAAAAUAGUGACUAGAAAAUCCAAACGCAAAGAAGAACAAAACUCCUCCCAAACGCAGAAAACAGCGUCUGAGCCGCAGUUCUCACGUAGGUCUAGUAGUAGUGGUGUUUGGUCAGAGAGUGUUACCAACGGAGACUGCGAUUUCGAACCGUCAAUUAGCUCCAGCAGCGGAUCUGACGGUUUAGAUGAGUUAACGUGUGGCUUGAUGAACGGUCCAGAUUUUUCGGAGGAUAAACGCUUUUGUGAAAGCCCGUUUCAUUUUGUUCUCCAAACAACAAUGCCUUCUUCAGGCGGUUUCAGAACGCCGAAUUUCACGUCGCCUGCGGUUUCUCCACGCCAUGAUUGUCAAGAGAUGAAGAAAGAGAGUUACGAAGUAGAGAAGCUAAAGAAACUAGAUGUAGAAGAGGAAGAAGAAGAAGAAGAUAAGGAACAGAGCAGCCCAGUUUCAGUUUUGGACCCUCCAUUUCAGGACGAUGACGAAGACAUUCACAUGGAUGACAAUAACAUCACCUCCAGCUUCAGAUCUGUACAAAAAGCAAAGCAUCUGCUUCUACAGAAGCUAUGUAGAUUUGAGCAACUCACGGGUUUGGAUCCGUUGAAACUCGAGAAAACAAUGUCAGACCAAGACACCGAGGAGGAUAGUGAAGUAGAAAAGAUGAGAAAUCAUUAUCAGUGUGAGAUUAUAACUCAUAGAGUUCUCAAAACGUAUUUUAAAGACAUUACAGAAGUUCCCGAAGGCAUAGAAGCAUUGAUCUCAGACCUUGUAGCAGAGGAAAUGCAAAACAAUAGCUUGUUUCAAGACGAUGAAGCCAAAAGGGUAUGCGAGAGAUUAAGAUCUUGGAGAGAUGUGGAGUCGAACACUAUCGAUAUGAUGGUCGAGCAUGAUUUUAGGACAGAGAGUUUGGGAUCAUGGAGAUCAAAGAACGAUGCAGAAGUCGCAGAGGCUGUUUUGGAGAUCGAGUUUGAGAUUUUUAAGGAUUUAGUUGAAGAAUUAUCACAAAACAUUGGCGGAGAUCGAUGGUCACUGAAUUUUAAUAUUGAGGUUGCUUCUGUCGCAAGUAAUGACAACUAAUCUGCGUAGUUUAUGUAUGAUGUAUGUAAAAGUUUUGCUUGAUGAGAGUAUUAAGAUUUGUGUAAUUCCUUGUGAGAACU